AUGGCCUCACAAGAAUCGUCGGUUGAUCUUGAGCAGGCCGUCUUAGUGAAUUCAGUAUGUGUAAAUUGUGGGGAUUCAGCAAAAUAUUUAUGUCAAGCAUGUGGACAAACAGGUCCCCGUUAUUGUUCUCUGAAAUGCCAAACCGAUCAUUGGGAAAAGGUGCACGCCUCUGUGUGCAAACAAACAGAGACAGAGCCUGACGAACAUGACAAUGAAACAAAUUCAAGAAUCCUUAAAAGAUCAAGUAGUAAAGUUUACAGUAGAGGAAACGCUGCUCAACUUAUCAACCUUAAACAUCGACGAUCGAACCAAGAUUUACUUACGUCUUCUACGUCUGCAAGAUUGCCUGAUUCAAACGAUCCAUCUCCGGUAAUUGAUGCCGACCAAGCCUAUGAAUUCAGAUUCUAUAUGCAACAAGUCUACAAAAUUAUUAAACCUGUAGUUCUAUGUAUUGUACUAUCUAUCCUCUGGGUAAAACUAUCCAAAGCACCAACCUAUCUUGAGCUUGGAAGUAGUAACCAAAUGUCGAGCAGUUCAAGUGAUAAUUUGGCAUCGACACUCUCCUCUUCUAUUUAUAUGGCAGCCAUCCUUAUUGGACAAAUUAUUGUGGCCACAGUUGUAAUUGUAUUUCUAUUUAAAUACGGAUUUACAAAAGCAUUUUCCCUGACUGGUUUAUCACCAUAUACUACGUGGAUUUUGUUAGGCUUGUUGGCUAUUUGGGAUCUUAUUGCUGUACUAUGUCCAUUUGGACCUUUACGUAUUCUUGUCGAAUCAUCAAAGAAGAAUCAACGUGAAAUUCCGGCAUUAUUAUAUACUGUAAAUGCUAUUUGGUUUAUGGCCGCACCAAAACUUUCGACUCAAAUUUCGCCUGCCACAUUAUCUACACAUACUGAUUCUUCUCCUUCAUCAUUUAUCUCAUCAGUAAAUUCUACAUCAUCUACAAAAACAUCUCCUGAUAUUACUCCACCUGGAGAAGAAAUACCUUUAUCAGAAAAUUUAGGUCAUAAUUCUUAUAGUAGAGGUGCUGGCGUUGGACCUCUCAAUAACAUUGAGGUUAAUAAUUCAUCUGAUUCGCUUCAUCCUAACGUUAAUCCUUCUGAAAAUAAUGUGUCAUCUGACGAUGAAGAAGAUGAAAGAAAUGGAUUAAAAUUAGGACUGGGUGAUUUUGUGUUUUAUAGUGUUUUGGUAGCACAAGCCG